CUUUUUUUAAUGGUUUAUUAUGAUGUUCUUUGGUAAAUGUUGUCUAUUUUUUAGAUGCUAAAAGUAUGUGGAAGUUUUCUGCAGGUUUUAUGAACUCUGCAACUUUCUAAGACAAGUGUUUCACUUAGGUAUAUUCCCCGUUCGACAAACCCUACAACAGAGAAUGGCUGAUGCCAUAUCAAGCUUUUGGGGUCCUGUCACGUCAACUACUGAGUGUUGUGAAAAGAAUUACGCUUACUCCUCAUAUAUUGCAGAAUUCUACAACACCAUAUCAAAUAUCCCAAGCAUUCUUUUGGCACUCAUCGGUCUUGUAAAUGCCUUAAGACAGCGGUUUGAGAAAAGAUUUAGUGUUCUUCAUAUAUCAAAUAUGAUACUUGCUAUUGGAAGUAUGCUGUACCAUGCAACCUUGCAGCAUGUGCAACAGCAGAGUGAUGAAACUCCUAUGGUAUGGGAGAUGCUGCUUUAUAUGUACAUCUUGCACUCGCCUGAUUGGCAUUAUCGCAGUACAAUGCCCAUUUUUCUCUUUAUUUAUGGUGCUCUUUUCGCAAUUGUCCAUUCAGUGGUCCGUUUUGGCAUUGGCUUCAAGGUGCACUAUGUUAUUCUCUGCCUUCUUUGCAUCCCCCGAAUGUACAAGUACUACAUUUACACACAAGACACCUCUGCCAAGCGGAUUGCAAAGUGGUAUGUGGCUACCCUUUUCUUAGGUGGUUUGUGUUGGUUCUUUGAUCGUGCUUUCUGCAAGCAGAUAUCUGGUUGGCCAAUCAACCCCCAAGGUCAUGCCCUUUGGCACAUCUUCAUGGGUUUCAAUUCCUACUUAGCAAACACAUUUAUGAUGUUUUGUCGUGCUCAGCAACGAGGAUGGACUCCAAAAAUUGUUCAUGUUAUGGGCAUUCUCCCCUAUGUGAAGAUUGAGAAACCUAAAACCCAAUGAUGAAACCAGGACUCAGUGAAGUAUGUUUUUCCCUUCUCAUAACUGGAUUUAGGUAAGGAAAGUAAGCAGGUAAGGAAAGUAAGCAGGUCAGUCUAAAAUCUAAAUUUUGUCUUUCUGGAGAAGUCUUUAAAGAAUGGUUGAUUAUUGAUGCUGUUUGCUGGGAUUUGUUUGAAAUUUACUUUGUAAAAGUAGAACAUGUACCAUAAGUAACUGCUUGACGAGUCAGAUUACAUGGUUUGUUGAUUGAUGCUCAGUUUUCUCUUUUCCUCCGGAGAGGGCGGAAGGUACCAUAAAUUUUGAGCUUGACACUUGGGUUAAUGAUGAAUUUUGAUUUAGUUCCUUGAGUUAUGAUUAGAUCUUGAUUUCUCUUUCCCAUGCUUAACUUUCUGUU